UUCUCUAUAAAUAAAGCUGAAUUUCAAUUCAUAUUGGUUUAAGUUGAAAAUGCUAAAAAUCAAAUUAUUUUUUAUUUAUUUUAAGAUAAAUGGGUGCCUCGUUUUCAUUUGUGACAGUUUAGUCAUGCAUAGAUGUGAAAAUGCUUCGACAAAGCUCGAAGGAGACUGAAAGAAUCAGAUGCAGAGAGUGGAAGUGCGCUCACAUCUGUGCUGUACCACUUUAACGGGACGGCCGGGCGCGCGCCCGGAGCGGGAGAGCGAGUGCGCGCUGCUGCGGCGGGAUCGACCCCGCAUCGGUACAUCGCUGCACCUCUCCAGACCCGCUCGGUUUCUGAGACCACCAUGAGGGAUUACUCGGCCACUCCGACCCACGGAGGCGGCUGCAUGCCGUGCUGCCAAGUUUGCGUGUUCGCCUUCACCGCAUUCCUCAUUGUUGCAGAGAGGACGGCACUGAUCUACUGCUUUGUUUACUACCUGUGGGUGGGUCAUAACUACUGCUACGCCCAUCUCGCUGGCUUCACGGCGCUCUUCCUGCUUCCAGGUUGGGGUCCGCAGUGGCUCAGUUACCUGUGGUAUCUGUCAGAUGGACGAAUACCCCGGAAGUCUCUCAGAUGGACACACAUCCUGCACUUGGGUAUCUUCAAAAGGCUGUGGGAAUGCAUGCACCUUCCAGAUGAAGAUUUAUACGUGGAGAUCAUGCAGCAGGCCGAUGCAUCUGCCCUGAGAUUGUUUGAGGCCCUGGUGGUGACCCUCCCAGAGACGCUGUUCCAAACCUACGUGCUCAUCUGCACAGAUAUCGGCAUUAAGUCUCCAACCUCGGUGUGUUUUGUGGUGUGUUUGUUGUCUCUGGCCUGGGCCUUGGUUCUUUAUGCCAGAGCCUGCUCCCUGAUCCGACCCGGGCACCUGCAUAUGACCCCAGCUGCCAUUCUCUGUCGACUGCUCUGGAGGGUUGCGAUGCUGGGAUCAAGGUUUGCUGUCUUGAUGCUGUUCACACGUGUCUUUAGACAGUGGAUUCUGGGAGUUCUUGGUGUGCACUGGUUAGGGGCAACUUUCUGGAUGGUGUCUCAGCAGACUGACAUCAUUCGGUCCACAAGUCGGUGGAGAAUCUUUAACCUUGUGCUGGGCGCCAUUUACGUCUUUCUCUUCCUCAACAUGAAGUAUGGCCAGUCCAGAUACCGCAUGGCUGGUUUUUACCUGGUUAUGUUUGUGGAGAAUGCUCUUCUUCUGUUGGCUUCCUCUUGGCUGUUUACCAUGGUGUCCUGGGACACUGUGGGGAUCCCGGCUGCAGUGUUCUGCAGCUUUCUUAUUGGGCUGAUAGCAUUGGUGCUGUACUAUCGUUUCCUCCACCCGAAGUCUUUUGAGAUCUUCCAGAGUAUUCGUCACAGAGGAAUAGGUGGAGCCUGCACAGAACGAGGUUCUGCACUUUCUCUGGAGGAGAAAGUCUCCCCCACUUUCCACCGCCAUGCCACACUGUCAGGCGGUGGUACACUCAUGGACCUUCCCAUCCAAUGGGAAGGCUGGAAGCAUCACCACUGGUUGUUGAUUCGCCUGGCUCUGAAGACAGGGGAUGUUUCAAGGAUCUGGUCUGCGUACGGUGAGGGGGGGCUAGCCGGACUGAUGGGUCUGCCUGAGGAGAUCCACUCACCUGCUGUUCCACACACCCCUAUGGUUGCACCUGUUCAACAGCAAGUUCUUCAAAUCACAAAACCAGUGCCACAGCCCACACCGACACCAACUCCUACACCCACACCUCAAGAGAUCCAGACUACAGAAGCCUCACAGCCUCCGAAGCCAGUCCAUUCGACCGUCGUUGCCCGACCCAAAAGAAAAGAUCCUCCAACGGCUAUUCAAGAUAUUAGAGGAUAUCCAGAGAUCAUCCCCGUCCAGGAGGUGAUUUUUGAAGAAAGUGCAGAGGAUGAAUGCAGUCAGCCGCACUCUGAAGAAAAAGGUGAUGAAGAGUUUCAGAGUGCUGCUUAUGGAUCGCCAUCACUUUCAUCUCCUCAACAAGUCGGAGGCCUCCGUCACAUUGACAGCAAUGCUGCAUCCCUGACCGAGGUGUCAUCCUCUGUGUGUUCUCUGGACAUCAAAACGCCUGGUUGGUCACCUGAGCGACGCUCACCUCUCCUGGCGGGUUCCCCGGAGAAAAAGUCAGGGAUCCCUGGAGAGUCCAGCACAACACUCUAUUUCAGUGCAGAUGCCCAGUCCCCUUCUACUGGAAGCUAUCUUGGCUGGGGCUCAGAGCUGUCACCCAUCUCCAUCUACAGAAGUCCCUACCGGAUUAGGGAGGCUCGCUUUGUCACAUCCACUCCACGACUGGAGCCUCGAUCCGCCAGUCCAGGCCCGGGCCCUGUAGUUGUCAUUCCUGCCACUCCCGGCACAACACCAGGCACUUCUCCAGGUGGAACCCCUGGCGCCUCGACUCCUGCAGCUUCGACUCCUGUGGGAUCAACUCCAGGGGCCUCCACUCCUGAUUCUGGAACACCCAGUACUCCAAUUAUUCCACUCACUCCAGUCAUCUCCCACGCUCGCAAACAGAUGGUUCAGUUUGUUGACAGUAGAGAAAGAGCGGUGUAGGACAGAUGAGGGAAAAAGGAGACUCAGCGGUUCAGCUGUUCAGAUUAAAUGGCAAUACACACCAAAAUACACAGAGAGAAUAUGAAUAGAUUGCAACAUCUGUAGAGACCACUGAUCUAAUCACUGUUUGUCUACAGUAAAAAAUACCUGCACUAAUGUGAGUGUGUUAGGUUUAGCAAGAGGUUUGGGGAUAGUUUUUCUCUUUGGGUCUUUAUGCGAGUUCUUGAAAACAGGAUGAUCUCUUCAAAUGAUCAGAGUAGUUUGAGUCAACAAACACUGCCUUGAAAAAUAGAAUAAUUUUCCCAGUCAAACCGAGGAAACAUUAUUGAAGACCUAAAUUCAUUUUCUUUUGUAUUUACCUUUACAAACAUCAACAGAAAUUUUUUUAUUGCAAGGUGCUAGAAGACAUAAAAAAGCAACAUUUUUGUUUAAUGCAGAGAUAUUGGCAAUACAAUUAUAAAAGUAAAAGUUGCUAAGUAUUUGGGAUGUUAGGAGUAGAGCAAAUCUUUAAAAAUAAGUUCUGUGAAUCAUUAUCAAUCAAUUUAUGAAAAUAAUACAUUAAAAAAGUUAAGAUGUAAAUAAUUUUUUUUUAAAUCAACAAAUCAUGGUGGAAAGAAAGAAUAGUGUACUUAUAUGUAAUUAUGGUGGAUUAAUACAGUAAAAUAAAAUAACAAAUAACGCCUCUUCAAAACUUAAAAGUUUAUUGAUAGCAAAUCAUGUCAGAAACAACAUUUUCUUUCACUCACAGCCUUUUACUGCUAAAUACACAAUUUAUAUUGUGUUUAUUGUUUGCACAAGUUUUGUAGCAUGAUAAAAAACCACAAACGCCAUAAAUGCGGAAAGUGACAAAGCCAAAAUUAAUGUUUUUUUUUUUAUUGUUAAUAGAGUAUCACAUGAUUUUACUCUUAAUUUAUUAAUAUCAUUUUAAUAUCAUCAGAAUAAAAUUUAAUUAUUCUUUGGUUUAAAAAAGUAUUCAAAUCACGUUUUAUAAAGUGAUUAAAAGAAUGAAAGUUUGCUUCUUUUUUGUCUUUUAUGUUAUGAAUCUAAACUAUUUAUACAAAAUAGAAAGUUGGAGUUGGACUAUUUUGUUGCAUUGUUUUCUCAGAAAGUCUGUCUGUUGAUAGUGAACAUGUUGCAUUAAAACAGAUCAUGUUUGAAUGUAGCUAAUUAUUAAAGUCUGUAAAUCACAUGUUCUCUGUCUGUAGCGGAUAUUUGAGAAAACAAAUAUUUGGUGAACAUCCUACUUAAAUUUAAAACAUGUCUAAUGGUAAUAAAAUAAAAUAAAAUAAACGUAGGUCAGUUACUUUUCAGAAAAAAAAUUACUUCCAUUAUGAAUCAAAUAAGAGAUAUUUAAUUUUAAUUAUUAACAAAAAUAUAAUGAAGUUAUUUAGUUUUACCCUAUUUUAACAAAUAGUAUUUUGUUAUUAUAUUGAAAUAUUUUAGCUUUACGCUAUUUUAAUAUAAUAGUGACAAAAGGAAAGUGGAACAAACUGACAACAAACGUGUCUAAAAAUGAAAAUAUUUUUUUUGUUUGUUUGUUUGUUUAAUUCUAUUAUUUUUAUUCUUUUGUGUUCAUGUCAUUUCUUUAUGUUUUCAGUACAUAGAAAAUAUGGAAUCAUUUUGUAAGAAAAAUAAAACUGAUGUAAGAUAGUUACUGUGGAUCCUGAACAAGAAAUGAUUGUGACACUCGCGCCUCAUGAAGAGAAACACAGGCAGCACUUUUGGAAACUGUGAACUGAACUGUAUGAAAGCCCAAUCCAGUUCAGCUAUCAGCUGGACUGGAUUGCUAUAUCAUGUUGAAAUAAUGGCAAUUUGCAGAAGCUUCACUGCAUGUUUCUAUUGAAUGCAUUCAUUCAGAGUCACAAAAUAGCUCAUACUUUAACUACAUGUAAAAGUAGUUCAAACACAUGCCAGAUUGUAUGUAUAUAAAACAGUAAAAAGUCAGCAAAUGCAAUGUGUUGCAGUGCACUGAUGACAAGUACUUGCUUUAGUCUCUAGCAAACGCUUCUGCCUGUUUAUUAAGAAACACUUUACAGAAACAAAACCCCCACUUUCUCCUGCUUUUGCCCUUAUGUAUUUACUGUAUCUUUUCUUCCUUAAUUUGUGUUUCCACAGUAUUUGUUUUAUAGCACUGAUAGAAAAUGUGCUGACCAAGUUUGUAGUGAAAUUGUGUUUAGGUCAGAUAGUUUUCAUUGGCUUUUUUGACAGAUUUCCUCGAAUGUGAUGACCCUCACUCGUCAAAACUUAGCUCCUCAUCUCUAUGAGCGUUUCCACAGUGGAGAGUUAAAGAGUCUGCUUUUGAUGUGUCCAAAUAAAGCCAUUUAUCUUGACUGAAACAAAUAGUCUUUUUUUCUUCACCUAUCAUCUGUGAGAUCCUUUGUAUACACUGCAUAAAAAAUGAACUCAGUAUUACUCCAAGCCAAUCCUACUUGUGCAAUCAAACUGUCCAAUCAGGAUGCAACACUACUGACAAUCAAUUUUACAUGUUUUUGUACAAAUGGUAGAAAUAAUAGACAACCAGCAAGACAGGAGGGCAACAACCUGCAACCCUUCAACAGUGACAAUAAAGCUCUCAAAGUGUCUUUGAGCUGUCAGAGUACAUAAUCUAUCUGCUCCAGUUUGCAGUACAUCUUAGCUUCUGAUUUUAGUUUUUGGCUCCGUUUCAAAAUUAAGACAAAUAACUAAAAAAAAUAACAGAUGAUAACCCUCAAUGUGAGAUAAUUUUGAAUAUUUGUGCUUUAUUUUUAAGCCAUUCAUCCAUUUUCAAAACCCUUUAGAGGUCUUGGGGCUGCUGGAGCCUAUCCCACCCACUUUCUGUUGAAGUCUGUCACAGAGCCACAUAACUACACAAACACUCGCAUUCACACAAGUCAUAGGGACAGUUUAGAUUCAGCAAUUUACCAACAAUGCAAAUCUUUACACUAUGGGAGGAAGCUGGAGUGCCCAGAGAAAGCCUACUACACAUGCAGGAGGAGAACUUGCAAACUCUACACAGAAAGAAACCAGCUGGGAUUUGUUCCUUUUCGUUUUUGUGAAACUGUUCCACUGCACUAACAGAAAUAUGUCAGCUCAUCAAAGGGCAGAUGUCACCAGUCAGAUGACUUCCUUUUAAAGGAAGAGAAAGCAUCAACAUGUGCUCUGUGGUCUGAGCCACGAAAAGAUAGCUAAAACCAUAUUGUUCAAAUAAUAAGACUGUCAAUCUAAGAUAAACUGUAAGUUGUUUUGUUUGUAUUUGGUCACUGUCUCAUCACAAAACUUCAAUCGUGAAUUGAAUAUUUGUAUUUGCUAAAA